CUUCUCGUUUUUUCCCUUUGUGCUGGGGCGGGGGGAGCAUUUGGGGGAACUUUCUUAGGUUACCCCAACCUCUCGGCCCUCCCUGCCUCCGGGAAUCUCAUCACAACCUCUUUGGAGCCCUUAAUGAUACUCAUGAACCCCAAACAUUUCAGGACAUGAAGUAAACAAUGGAUAACUGUCCCGCUGCGUCGGUGUUCCUGACCGACAGCUUGGAGCUGGAGCUGGAGACAGAGUGGUGCAAACCCGCUUGUUUUUCUUGUGAUUUUGACAACAGAGGAGGAGGAAAACAUUUUUCUGGAGAGUCCUACCUUUCCAGCGGAGCUCUUAAGCGACUAAUUUUGAAUCUUGAUCCUUUACCAACUAAUUUUGAAGAGGAUACAGUGGAAAUAUUUGGCAUUCAGUGGGUUACUGAAACAGCAUUAGUGAAUUCAUCUAGAGUUCUCUUUCAUCUCUUCAGGCAACAGCUAUACAACUUGGAAACCUUAUUACAGGCCAACUGUGAUUUUGGGAAGAUAUCAACCCUACAUUGCAAAGCAGAGACUAUUAGGCAGCAGUGCGUAACAUUUCUUCAUUAUGUUAAAGUCUUCAUCUUCAGGUCCCUGCAAGUACAAAAUGCUGAGAGUCAUGUUCCUGUCCAUCCUUAUGAGACUUUGGAGGCACAGCUUCCCUCAGUGUUGGUUGAUGAGCUUCAUGGAUUACUCUUGUAUAUAGGACACUUAUCCGAACUUCCCACUAUUAAUACAGGAGUAUUUGUAAAUCAAAACCAGACUAAGCUCUUCCCACCAUCAUGGCAUUUAUUACAUCUCCACUUAGAUAUCCAUUGGCUGGUGCUGGAAAUUCUUCACAUGCUUGGUGAAAAAUUGAAACAAGUUGUAUAUAGUCAUCAGUUUAUGAAUCUGGCAGGUGACAAUUUAACCAAUAUCAGCCUAUUUGAAGAACAUUGUGAAAAUCUUCUUUGUAAUUUAAUAAGCCUAUCCCUUGGCAGAUAUGACAAGGUUAGGCCUUCUGAAACAUUGAUGAGUCAUCACUGCCCAUGUCCAUGCAUUAAAGAAUUAUGGGUUCUACUCAUUCAUCUUCUCAACCACAGAAGUAAACGGUCUCUCUCAGAAUCAUUUUGGAACUGGUUGAAUAAGCUACUUAAAACGCUCUUUGAAAAAUCAAAUGACCAAAGAAGACCUUCUGUGCCUAUAAUCCAGCCCAGGGAUCCAUUGGGUUUUAGUUGGUGGUUUAUUACUCAUGUAGCAUCACUUUAUCAGUUCGAUCGCCAUGGAACACUGGAUGAAAUGAGACAAAUGGAAUCAAAUUGGAACUUUGUAGAAGAACUGCUGAAAAAGUCCAUCAGUGUUCAGGAUGGUAUACUAGAAGAGCAGUUACGAAUGUAUCUUCACUGCUGUUUGACUCUUUGUGAUUUCUGGGAGCCAAACAUUGCAAUUGUCACCAUUCUGUGGGAAUAUUACAGUAAAAACCUGAAUAGUUCUUUUAGUAUUUCUUGGCUUCCUUUGAAAGGCCUUACAUAUGUCAUUAAGUCACCCUUGUCUAUGCUAGAAAUGGCGAAGACCUGCUGUUGUGAUAAACAAGAUCAAGACCUGUAUAAAUCCAGCAGUAGUUACACUAUUUUCCUUUGCAUUUUGGCAAAAGUUGUUAAGAAAGCAAUGAAGAAUAAUGGCCCUCAUCCUUGGAAACAAGUCAAAGGAAGGAUAUAUUCUAAAUUCCAUCAAAAAAGAAUGGAAGAGCUAACUGAAGUUGGUCUGCAGAACUUUUUCAGCCUUUUUCUACUGUUAGCAGCUGUGGCAGAGGUGGAAGAUGUAGCAAGUCAUGUUUUAGGCCUCCUAAAUUUCCUCAAGCCUACCUUUGUAACAUCUCCUCUCAUUUGGAAGGGUCAGAUGGCCUUCCUCUUGAUGUAUAUCCAGAAAAAUCUGGACAUUGGUGUUUUGGCUGAGAAAUGUUCAAGUACUUUCCGGGAGAAAGCAAAGGAGUUCUUGGUAUCUAAGAAUGAUGAAAUGGGACAAAGACAGACUCUUUGGACACUUCUCUCCAUAUAUAUUGAUGGUGUUCAAGAAGUGUUUGAGACUAGCCAUUACUUGCAUCCUUCCCAUGAAAAACUGCUUAAUGAUGGCUUUAGUAUGCUUCUACGAGCUUGUCAAGAAUCUGAACUUAGGACAGUAUUGAGCUUUCUACAAGCUGUUCUGGCCAGAAUCAGGAGUCUGCACCAACAAUUGUGUCAGGAACUUCAGAGGGAGAACAUGGACCUCAUUGCGCAGUCUUCAUUAUCGGCUAAAGAGCGCCACCUCGCUGCAGUCGCCAGUGCACUGUGGAGGCAUUUCUUUUCAUUUUUGAAGAGUCAGAGAAUGUCACAGAUCUUGCCUUUCUCACAGCUCGCGGAUGCAGCUGCAGAGUUUACUUUGCUGGCAAUGGACUUGCCCAGCACCGCUCCAUCGGAUCUUCAACCUCAGCCAGUUACAUCAGUGAUACAGCUUUUUGGUUGGGAUGAUAUCGUCUGGCCCCAAGUUGUAGCCAGAUAUUUAAGUCAUUUCCUACAAAAUAGCAUGUUGUGUGAAGCACUUUCUCAUUCAGGCUGUGUAUCUUUUGAAGCCCUAACUAUAAGAUCAUGGAUCCGUUGCAUUUUGCAAAUGUAUAUAAAAAACCUUUAUGUGCCAGAUGACUCAUUCAUUGAUAUAAAUCCUGAACAGGCAGUUGAAAAAGACUACAUGGAACAGUUGGCUGAACUGACAAGGUUGCUAUUUAAACUCUCAGAAGUAAAGAAUAUUCUCUCAAAGUCUCAAGUUGAAUAUUUACCCAUCCCAGAAGACCCUAAAAAAGCACUUAUUCUGUUCCUUGAGGCUGUUGGUAUAACUUACGGGAAUCUGCAGACACUUCCUGAUAAAUCUGCCAUGGUUACAAAGUCCUUAGAAUACCUUGGUGAAAUAUUAAAAUAUAUAAAACCUUAUUUGGGAAAAAAAAUUUCCAGUGCAGGGCUGCAGCUGACUUAUAUGAUGAUGGGAACUCUUGUCAAAUCAUGGGCACAGAUCUUUGCCACCUCUAAAGCCCAAAAAUUAUUAUUCCGGAUCAUAGACUGUUUACUGCUGCCACAUACGGUAUUACAGCAAGAGAAGGAGCUGCCUGCACCUAUGUUGUCUGCAAUUCAGAAGAGUCUUCCUUUGUAUCUCCAGGGCAUGUGUAUCGUGUGUUGUCAGUCUCAAAAUCCAAAUGCCUAUUUGAACCAAUUGCUAGGGAAUGUUAUUGAGCAGUAUAUCGGGCGGUUUCUGCCGGCUACACCUCAUGUUUUAGGUCUUGGACAACAUCCUGUUUUGUUGGCAUUGAGAAACUCAGCCACUGUUCCACCGAUGUCAUCUCUAAAGAAAUGCAUUGUACAAGUCAUAAGGAAAUCCUACUUUGAAUUUAAAGGAUCCUUGCUCCCUCCUCGCUUAGCAUCCAUUCUGGCCUUCAUCCUCCAACUUGUUAAGGAGACUAACACUGAUGUUUCUGAGGUUGAACUACUCCUCCCUGGAGUAUUAAAAUGCUUGCUGUUGGUCAGUGAACCUCAAGUUAAAAGGCUGGCCACCGAGAACCUGCAGUACAUGGUCAAAGCCUGCCAAGUGGGGUCAGGAGGAGAACCUGCCGCCCAGCUGACUUCUGUGUUUAGGCAGUUUAUCGAGGAUUAUGGUAUGAGAUAUGAUUAUCAGAUUUACAGCAUUUUAGAAACAGUAGCAGCAUUGGACAAACAGAUUGUUAUCCACUUGAUUUCUACCCUUACUCAAUCUCUGAAAAGUUCAGAGCGAAAAUGGGGCCUUGGCAGAAAUAUUGCACAAAGGGAAGCCUAUAGCAAACUUUUGUCUCACCUAGGACAAGUGGGACAAGAUGAGAUACAGAGACUGGAAAGUGAUAAUAUUGAAUCCAUUUUGUGAUUCAUCCUCAAUAUUAAUUAUAACUAUCUAAAGCCAUUUUGCACCAUUCUGACUUCUACUUUUAAUUAAUUGUAUAAUGUUCUGUUAAAAAUACUUUCUACAAUUUUUUCUUUACAUACCUGUACGUAUAAAGUAUGUAAAUAAGGAAAUAAAAGUUAAUUAAAUGUUAUAGGAGCUUUGGAACUUGGUAAAACUGCAUUCUAUUUUGAAGAGGUUUUAGUUAAACUAAAGAAACUUUUCCUAACUGGGAGCGUUACCUGUGUAUGUCUAAGCAGGUUUGUACUGGUUGAUCCUUGGCCAUUUUACUGUAAUGUGACUUUCUGCCUUGUAAUUUAUUUCUGUUUUGUUUUUGUUUCCUUACAAGUAAUGUUUUAUUAUGUUACUAUUUCAAAUUACCUAGCUGCCCUAUGCUGGGUUUUGUGGGGGGGUGGUCAGGAGAUAGAAUUGUAUAUUUGUUAUAUCUUUUUAUACUAUGUGUGAGGCAAGUUAAUAAAAUCCUUACAAAGCACACUUAACUCUGUGAGGAAUGAGACUGAAUCUGGCUAAAUGAUUAUACAAAUAAUAUAUAAAAAUUUUUUAACUUGGGCCAACAGUGUUUUUAUUGGUUUUAUAUUUGUAACAUCUUAUGGGAAAACCUGAACGAACUUUUUGGCCAACCCAAUAUUUGGGUUCCAGCAGUUGCCAGAUUUUUUCUCUACUCAUCCUUUCGUUUGGAGUUGUCAUUAAAAGACAGUUCAGGAGGAGGAUCAAUGAGCGCCUUUAAGAAAAGAGAAUAAUAUUCUGGAAAUUUUUAAUAUUACAGAAUUAACAGAAGAGGUCUGAGAAGUCAGCUGAUUUAUCUACUUGCUCUUCAAUUAGAGCCUCUUAUAAACUAGCAUCUUACAUGUUUGCAGGGAAAGUUUAGUUUCCUAUAGCACCUCAUCUCUCAACACUUUAACUGUCUCAUUCACAUUCAUUUUACCAGUUGGGCUUUUGUCCUUGACUCCUUUUUCUAGUGAGCAUUAUUUGGUAAAAAGAACUCCAAUCUUAGUGUUGGGAACCCACCUGGGUCUCAAACCUAGCUCUGCUUUGUGACCUUGAGCAAGUUCGUAACCUUUCUGAGCCUCAGUUUCUUCAUGGAGAAAAAUGAAUGAUCCUUUUUUAAAUUUCACAGUGUUGGUAAGAAUCAGUGGGAUAAUUGAUUUAUAAUUAUAAUCAUAUAAUUAAAACGUAUGUGAAAGUAUUUGGUGACCUACAUUCUGUUUGGAGGUGUGUAGACGUGACCAUUCUGUCUCACGUACAAAGGUGAAGAACACUUCUCAGUUAUGUUCCUCUUUCUCUAAUGGUAUGUCCUAGAUGGAUGAUCCUACUUCUUUACAAUGUUUUCUUACAUGUUGUGUUUGCUAACUUUGAAAUAAUUUGUUUUCUUCUUGGGCCUCUAGUGUUUAUCAUGGUUUUACUAUUCCUUCAGAAAAACAUUUCAACCCUUUUUUCACUCAAGAAGUGUCUUUUAAAAUGAAAUGCACUGCAAUCAGGAAACUACAGUUAAUAGCCCUUUCCUAAUUGUAAUCUGUGAAGUCUAAAGGACUUCAUGACAUAUAAAUGGUCUAUUUUCCCCCCCAUAUAAACUCUUUAAUUCAACAAAUGGGAUGAAUAAAAGCCUCUUUAAGGUUACCUAAACCUUCAUAGCAAUGAGUUUUUCAUUAUGAUAGUGACUCAUUAAACUAAUGAUGUAUUUAUUAUUUUGCAAGUUUUAGCAAAUGAAAUUUAAGCUCUUUAAUGGGAUACCUUUAAAGAGGUUACUUGCGUGUGUGUGUGUGUGUGUGUGUGUGUGUGUGUGUGUGUGUGUAUUUCCCCCCCAAGGGAAAUUGAUAAAGAUAUCUUGGAGAAUCUUGUUCCUUAGCUUAUGAAACUUUUUAAGGGUUAAGAAAAUCUGCUGCUAAAUCAUGCAUGAGGGUAUAUAUCUGUAGAUACUAAGAAUAACUAAAGUUUAUACAUAAAAAAUCAGUAACAAGAAAAAGUCUGUAACAGUAUAUGUGUAUAUAUAUAUGUAUUUUUUAUGUAUCAGAAAAAUUUUUAAGCUUUUUUAUUAAUUGAAGAAAAAAGAAAAUUUAGGACUCUGUUCCAUUUCUUAAAAAUCUUCACUGACCCUUAACUUACUACUAUAGUCUUGUCUUUUUCUAUUCCCAGUGUUAGAGUAUCUUAUGCUUCCUUAAUGUUCAUUUUACCCUAAAAACCCUGUAAUCUCUGAGGUGGCUGCUUCUACUGUUGUAAGGUAAGCCAGUCUCUUUUGGUUAAAUCUAGAACAUGUUCUCAGUUUUCUUGGUCUUUGGCAUCUCUGUGACAUUGCCUUUUCUUUUAUCCUCUUAUCCCUUUCUCAGCGAUACUGCUGCUUCCUACAUACACAUUUUUCCUUCUUGUCCCCACUGGUAAGAUCUAGCCCUUCACCUGCUUUGUCUCAACAUUCUUCUAGUAGUGAACUGAUAAAACUAGCUUAUAUUUUUUCCCUCAAAUCUAUCUGUGGUGCUAAUUUUUCUCUAAACCUGUCUAGUUGGAUUCUCCUGAAGUCUCAAGGCAGCAUAUCAAGCUACACUUGUCACUUUCUUCUCCAGUAUAGCUCAUGCCUUCAUUUUCUACCCAGAGAAUACACCACUUCCCUGAGUCAUUUAGCCUUGACAUUUCUUGGAUUCUUCAUUGCUCCUCACUUUUCAUUUGAUCACCAGUACAUGCUCUUGUGAUUUUUUUUCUUUUUGCCAUUACGUGCAUCCAAAUAUUUUUCUAUUGGGCACUGUAAUCCCCUUAUCUCCCUAUCUCUGGACUCCUGAAAUUUAUACUUCACAUAGUUCUGACAUUAGGGUUCCUAAAAUACUACUUUCCUCUUGUUGCUUUUCUGCUCAAGGACCUUCUUUUACUCCCCACUGUUAAUAAGCUGACAUUCAAGCCCUUCAGUCAGGAGACUUCCUGCCAUCUGACGCUAUACCUUCUCUUUCCAAACUUACCUCAAGCAGGAGAGUAGACUGUCUUAGCUACCUUCCCUGAAUGACAUGUUCAUUCUACACUGUGUGCCUCAUUCAGUUUGCCAACUUUGAAUACCACCAUUUCUAUGGAAACCUAACUUUAAGACACUUAAAUAGGAAGAGUUAAAAUACACAUGUUGGAUACAUAAGUAUUCCAGUCAAUUUCUUUAAAAUAUCAGAUGGAGUGUAAAAGAGAUGAUUGAAGGACAACAGGGUGAUGAAAGGGCUUUAUUAGACAUAGAUUUGGUUAUAAUUUAAAUUUCAAUUGAACAUUUAAUUAGGUUUCCAUAGGGGAGAAAAAAGCAUGGAGUAUGGUCUCUGUACAAAAAUCAUUCAUUAUUGAGUUCAUUUGUAUUAGAAGAGUUUUAUAGUUUAAAUUUUUUAUAUCUUUACUUAUCCCUAGCAUAUUUUCUUACUAAGCAUAUUUGACUUUUUCUGUGUUUUUUUGGGUAAGUAAAAAAAUUAUUAUUUGUGGGUUGUUAGACUAUGUGUGUGUUUUCAUUACGCAUUGUUAUUGUUUUCUUCCAUGCUUCAUCGCAGAUUUUCAAAACUACUUUGUUCUUAACUAAUUACAUGGACCCACUUCCGUGUACUUUCACAGAAUCUUUGGCAGUUUUUAUUUUUACUUCCCCUUUGUUAGGAUUAUAUAUCAUAUAAAAAUUUGACAAGCCUUUGCAGUCAGGAAAAGCCUUUAGGAAAUCUACCUUCCUUAAUCCUACACAUUAAUAUAGCACUUGUGUUUCAAAGAUAAAAGGUAGAUAUCAUAGAAACCUCACCAAAAACUGUUAUCUGUACUAAACUACUGCUUUUUGAUUGCUAGACUUUUUACAUAAACCUUACAUUUUCCAAAAACUGAUCUCCUGCCUACUCCUCCUAGGGUUAAAAAUACUGCCUUGUCAGUCAAGUGUAGAAUAUGCUAGUAUAAAUAACACGCUUUGUUUGCUUAAAACAGUUGGUUUGGGGAGCUAGCAAAAUAGCAUAUUCUUUCACAUAUUUAAUAAGAUGUGAGAUCUGUAUUUUGAUUGUGUGAUAAACUAUAUUGGUAAGGUUACCAAAAAUCAGUACCAAAUGAUUGGAACUUACCAACUUCUGCUUAUUGAAGUUUUUGGUAUGCUGAUAGUUAUCCAGUUCAUUGCAUCUGUGAAUUGUGCUUUUAGAAAGAUUCUGGCCAUUUUUAUUCUAUAGCGUGUUUUAAGUUAUUUGUGUAUGUAGUAACGAGAUAUAAUAAAAAAUGUAUAUAUUCAGCUUACACUGCACCUUUGAUUAUUCAACUGCCUCUUUAUGACAGAGUGACUCUUUGAAAACCAAAAUAAAAACAAACCAUGU